AGCGGCGGCGGCAGCAGCAGCAGCGGAGCCCCUGCGUGCCCCAGUCCUGCCUCCUUGGCAGGAUCUCGAAGCUGAGUGCACAUCUCCAGCCGCACCCAAGCUUCUUUUCCGUCUGCCUUUUCAAGCUCUUCAUGCUGCCCAACUGAAAGGAGAAAAUGGGCACCGGGGAUUUUAUCUGCAUUUCCAUGACCGGAGGGGCGCCCUGGGGGUUCAGAUUGCAAGGUGGCAAGGAGCAGAAGCAGCCCUUACAAGUUGCUAAGAUUCGAAGUCAGAGCAAAGCCUCUGGGUCUGGGCUCUGUGAGGGAGAUGAAGUGGUUUCUAUCAAUGGCAACCCUUGUACAGAUCUCACCUAUCCUGAAGUCAUUAAGCUCAUGGAAAGCAUAAAAGACUCUCUCCAAAUGCUCAUCAAAAGACCAUCCAGUGGAAUAAAUGAGACUCUGAUCACUGAAACAGAAAAUAAAAACCAUGAGCAGCUCAUACAUGAGGGGUUCGUGGAAAGCACCACCCUGCAGAUUCAACCAGCCACAAAAACACAGUACAGAGAGCUCUACAUCGCUUCAGUCAGGAGUGGAGUUUCCGUCGCUGAGGACCAAGGAAGUGGUCCCGAUUGUUCAGGGGGUAUAAAAGAAGAAUCAGGCCCGAGUUACCAAAUGGCUCCCCAGAUGCCUGACUCCCACAGCAGAUGCUUGACAGAUGAGGGUAUCUUAAAGGAGAAGGCAGAAGCAGGGUGGCCAGGCACUGUGGUUGAGCUACAACUUUCCCUUUCCCAGGAGAGACACAAGGACACUAGUGCCCCUGUGGUGGCUCUCUUGGGAGCUGAAAAAUCUCAGUCUCUUGCGCCAGACUCUAACUUACAACACGACGGGACAGUCCACAUAAAUUCAGUCCCCACUGAUGAGAAAGGAGACCUUUCUCUGAGAUCCAGCAAGAUCAUCCAGAUCUCCAGUAGCAAAGAGCUGAGAGUGAUCCAGGGAAGGGCCGCAGGAGACACGGGACUGCCCCGAGUGGAAGUGAUCCUGGACUGCUCUGACAGGCAGAAGACGGAAGGGUGCAGGCUGCAGGCAGAAAAGGGGUGUGUGGAUUCUCCAGUGGAAGGAGGGCAGUCAGAAGCACCUCCUUCUCUGGUAUCCUUUGCAGUCUCAUCAGAAGGCACAGAGCAGGGAGAAGAGGCACGCUCGGAAAGGGAUCAGAGCAGACCUCACAAGCACAGAGCAAGGCACGCAAGGCUCAGGAGGAGUGAAAGCCUAUCAGAAAAGCAGGUGAAAGAAGCAAAAUCUAAAUGCAAAAGCAUUGCCCUUCUUCUAACGGAUGCCCCCAACCCCAACUCCAAGGGGGUGUUGAUGUUUAAGAAGAGACGUCGAAGGGCCAGAAAAUACACCCUAGUCAGCUACGGUACUGGAGAGCUUGAGCACGAGGCAGACGACGACGAAGGAGACAAAGACGAUACAUGUGAAGUAGCAUUUCUGGGUACAAGUGAAUCAGAGGUAGAUGAACAGUUAUUGUCUGACACUGACGACAACACACAAGUUGUGAACUUUGACUGGGAUUCUGGUCUUGUGGACAUUGAAAAGAAACUGAGCAGUGGGGACAAGAUGGAGAUGUUGCCAGACACCACAGGCAAGGGGGCCCUCAUGUUUGCCAAGAGAAGGGAGAGGAUGGAUCAGAUCACAGCCCAAAAAGAGGAGGAAAGGAGGAGUGCGAUGCCAAUCAGAGAACCAGAUGUCACCCAGACAGAUGGCCUGAGAACCAUGACUUCUUACCAAAGGAAAGAAGAACAGUCGGUGAGAGUGCAGAGCUCGGUGAGCAAAAGCUAUAUCGAGGUGAGUCAUGGUGUUGGCCACGUGCCCCAACAGAAUGGCCUCAGUGGGAUGCCUGAGACAGCAGAUGCCCAAAGGAUGACCCCUACGAACAGAACAGCAAAACCCUUCCCAGGGUCUGUGAACCAGCCAGCAACCCCCUUCUCCCCAACCCAAAACAUAACAAGUCCCACUACUGACUUUCCUGCACCUCCACCUUAUUCUGCGGUCACUCCUCCUCCUGAUGCUUUCUCCAGAGGGGUAUCAAGUCCAAUAGCUAGCCCAGCACAGCCCCCUCCAUGGCCUCAGCCUGCCCCGUGGGCCCAGCCAGCCUUUUAUGAUUCAUCCGAGCAAAUAGCGUCCAGGGACGAGAGAAUCGCAGUGCCUGCAAAAAGAACAGGCAUCUUGCAGGAGGCCAAAAGGAGGAGCACGACAAAACCCAUGUUCACCUUUAAAGAGCCCAAGGUGAGCCCCAAUCCUGAACUCUUGUCACUUCUUCAAAAUUCAGAAGGCAAACGGGGCGCUGGAGGUGAUUCUGGACCUGAAGAAGACUACCUCAGCUUAGGAGCAGAGGCUUGUAAUUUCAUGCACAGCCCCUCUGCUAAACAGAAGACCCCACCUCCCGUUGCUCCAAAACCUGCAGCCAAGUCCUCAUCCUCCCAACCAGUAACUCCAGUUUCUCCAGUCUGGUCACCAGGUGUGGCUCCAGCCCAACCUCCUGCCUUCCCCACGUCACACCCAUCCCAGGCCACUGUUGUGUCCUCUAUCAAAAUAGCUCAGCCUUCUUACGCUCCUGCCCGGCCUGCAAGUGCUCUGCAUCUGGCUGGUCCCUUCAAAGGACCACAAGCAGCAGUAGCCAGUCAGAAUUACACACCCAAGCCAACAGCUCCCACACCAACUGUGAAUGCUGCUCAUGCUGGUAAAGUGGGACCAUCCAAUGAGCUUCCAGGAAUGAGUGGGAAAGGGGCCCAGCUCUUUGCUAAAAGGCAGUCAAGAAUGGAGAAGUAUGUGGUAGAUUCAGACACAGUGCAGGCCCAUGCUGCUCGUGCUCAGUCUCCGACUCCAUCCCUACCAGCCGGAUGGAAGUACUCCUCCAAUGUCCGAGCACCUCCUCCCGUGGCCUACAAUCCCAUCCACUCCCCCUCCUACCCACUGGCCGCUGUCAAGUCUCAGCCAUCAGGUCCACAGGCCCCCAAACCAAGCAAGAAAAAGGGCAAGAAACCCCUCAAUACUUUGGAGGUCAUGAAGCACCAACCAUAUCAGCUCAAUGCUUCCUUGUUUACUUUCCAACCUCCUGAUGCAAAGGAUGUCCUCCCCAAAAAGUCAUCUGUCAAGAUCAGUUCAUCACCAGCCUUGAAGCAAACCCUUCCUCCCCAGCCAGUGAAUGCUGGCUCACCCAUUAGUGUGCAGGCUUCGUCAGUGUAUUCACUACCAGCCUAUACCUCUCAGCCUUCCUUCUUUGCAGAGGCCACCUCACCAGUCAGCGCAUCCCCAGUGCCCGUGGGUAUUCCCAUCUCUCCAAAGCAAGAAUCAGUCUCGUCAUCUUAUUUUGUGGCACCAAGGCCGAAGUUCUCAGCCAAGAAGAGUGGUAUCACAGUUCAGGAGUGUGGACGCUCACUUUCUCUUCCUGGAAGACUGGUCCCUCCGACCAUCUCUACAACAUCUCCUUUGGUGUUCCAGCCUGCUUACAGCAAACCAACUGAUGGGCUUGAGAAAGCAAACAAGAGACUAACUCCCUGGGAAGCAGCAGCAAAGUCUCCUCUUGGUCUAGUGGAUGAUGCCUUCAGACCCAGAAACAUCCAGGAAUCCAUUGUGGCAAAUGUGGUCUCAGCUGCUCGGAGGAAGGUGCUUCCAGGCCGCCCCGAGGAUUGGAAAGAGAGAGUCUCCUAUGUAUCUCAAACCCAGAAGGCUAACAUGGGCUCAUUUGGAAGGCAAGAGUAUAGUGUCACAUCCCUACCCAAUAAUAGUGUGUUCACCAACUCCCAAUAUGGUUCACAGUUGCCAUAUGCAUAUUAUAGGCAGCCUUCCAGAAAUGAUUCUGAAAUAAUGUCCAUGGAGACUAGGUCUGAUUAUUGCCUGUCAGUGGGUGAUUGCAACUAUAACCCACGCCCACGGGGAUGGAGACGCCAAACCUGAAAGUUAGAAGAACCUGACUGAGUGCCACUUAUAACCAAUAAAGCUCCCUUGUAGGGUUUUGGGCUCUUCUAGUAGAUUCACUUUUAAUCUUGGCUUGUUCUCAUAGGUCAUUUAUAUGAGUGUGUCUGUGUGUGUAUGUAUGUGUACACACACGAGUGUGAAUCACUUCCUUGUCCUCUGAUACACAGAUUAUUUCUUUGAAGAAAAAAAUUCAUCUUCUGCAUUGAUGUGCUGGCACUAAUAUGUAAUUCAUAAUCUUGAUUCCACUUAUAUGAGAUAGUCUAGGCAACUAAACUCUGCUCUAUUAAAAUGAAACUAAGUAUUUUCUUCCAGGAAGGAAGUGAAAAAUACAGUGUGCUAAUUUUCAUUGGUGGUAAUAACAAAAGAAUAUAACAGUGAAGAAAUUUUCAAUAGGAGCAUGCCAGUAAAUAAUGACUAUAUAGAAAAGGGUUUCCGGGCUGUUAUUUUAAGUAUUUCGCUGAAAAAUUUUUUAAACUCAAAUAAAAUUCAGAUUUCUUUUUUUAGAACUUGACAUAUGGUUUUCAGAAAGAAACAAGUAUAUUAGAAUAAGAUAACUAUACAUUUCAGAAGGACUUUUGAGGUAAAUGGUGUAAUGUGUGGGGAAUAGAAAGAUUUAAGUAUUGGAUUUAUUUCUAAUCUAUUUAAAGCCAGCAGUUUCAGACAGGAAUAGACUCUGGGUUCAGGUGUCCUCAUCUGUCAAAUGAGAAGAUUGGAUUAUCUAAUCUCUUAGAUCCUUAACAGCUCUGGUAUACUGAGAUUCUCUCAUUAGUAGAAUGAUGUUUGAUGCAUUGUAAAUGUCUGCUCAUCAUUUAAAUAUCAGAUUAUGAUCAGGGGUGUGUUCGGUAAUUGGUGUCACUACAUUUAUCAGUAAAGGUCCCAAAAGGAAUUGUUGGGUGACAGGUUUUGUGUUAUGUGUUACGUGGAGUGAGGGUUGAUGUGAAGGAAAAAACUACUAAUGGAUUCAAGGAAGUGGUAGAUGGCUGAUUUAUUGUGCAACUAGUUGUUGGUCAUCACUGCUUAUUUAGAAAACAUGCCACAGAAGCCUAUGCAUCCAGUAGUGCUUCUUUAGAAAGCUGUCAUUAGGAUGUUCAAAGGAUGUUAACCAGCUGCUUCAUCAGCCCCAUGACCCAUGCCUUGGGAGCAUGACGCUGCAACAAUGAGGUCAAACACAACUGUGUGCUCCUUACGCCAUACCCACAAAGUGUUAAAUAAAAGGGAAUUCAAAGUAUUUUACAACAUAAGCAAGGAUCCAGAAUCUUUUAAAAUAAUACUAGUAAAAAACAUCUUGACUGUUUAAAGUUUUCCUAGUUUUAACAAUGUAGUUACUUUGCUUUGUUUUACUUUUUAACUCUUGAACUUACUAUGAAGAUACCUUUCCAAAAUAAAACUUAAAAAAUGCCAGGAUACAAGUAAUCUCUCAUUUUAGAAGUAAAAUAUCAGAAAUAUCACAGAAAGUUCUAUUACUGAUGGAACUGCCCAGAUAAUUUGUUCAUUUAUGGAUAAAAGAAAAGAUGAAUAUUUUUAAAAGUGAUAUUGUUAAAUUAUGUUAAAGUGAUAUUUUAGUAAUUCUCUUCAAUUAUGAGAUAUAAUCACUGACUCCUAGAAGUUCCUAAUGAAUCUUAAAAAAUAAUAUCUGGUAUUAAGUUUGUCAGCAAAUUCUUAGGGAUCAAGUAAAAUCCUACUUGUUUAAACAUUUAUUAUAGUGGUUGAAUCAUUCUAGAUUUGAAUGUAUUAAGAUAUGGGGAUUUAGCAGAUUUGGCAUCAAGGGAUCAUCUUCUAUUUUGUUACUUUCUUUUGUAAGUGCUAAUAGUUAUUUCCAUCAGUUGAUAUGCAUUAUGUUAUUCACAAAAACUUUCACUGGACUCAAAAUAGAGAGAAGCAGACAUUUUAAACUUAAAUACUAUCAUUAUAAAACAGACUUCUCCCUCUUUGCAUGUACUAGAAUGAAAUUAUUAUUUGUAUUAAGCUAUCUGGAUUUAGUCUAGAUAUCAAGAAGUAAAACAAAACAUGGCAGGUGAGUUGUGCAUUUUUCACUGGUGAGGAAAUAAAUGAAAGUCUCAUAUUUUUAUUGGAAAUCAAUGUUUCAGGAAACCAUACUUUACAGAUAUAAUUAUGAAAAAUGCCCUUGUCAAAUCUUCAUGAAAUGCAUCAUGAGUCUAGUCUAUUUGACUAUGCAUUAUGGGUCUAGUUUAUUUGAAAAGGAAUAAAGUUAGAUAGCUUACAUUCAAGCUAAUGUUUGAGACAAGACACCUGCUAUCUUGAAAUCUGAUUCCUAUGGAUGAGAAGAUCUAGAUAACUAUUGUUCUCACAAAAAUCAAAUGAGUUGGUCUCAUAUUCUAAAUGAUAGCAUGUUUAUGAAAGAACUGUUGCUUUGUAAAUACAUACCACAUUUGUUGUAAGAAGUUUUUCUACUAGAAGCAAUCACAUCAGUAGAAAGAGUUCCUGAUUUAUUGUGGAUUAAUAAGCCUACUCUUAAAGGACAGUAUGACAACCAUAGGGAUACUAAUUUGGUACCCUGCCUCCAUCUUGAGUUUAAGCAUCACAAUCAUUGCAUGCAUGUGAAGUGUCCAUUUUUAAGAUGCUUGUAUUUCAAGAUUCAUAAAUUCUGUCUUUUAUUUUGAGUUUUAUUAAUGCACAGAUUCGAUUCCGUUUAUUUUUUCAAUAUAUUGCUUUCAUGUUUUGGCACUAUCACUCACAUUGGAAAGUACUACCCUAUUAGGUCUCAAGCAUAUAUAUAUAUAUAUAAAUGAAUUGAAACUUUGGAUAAAUAUGCUUAGUUUUAUAAUUAGGGAGAAAUUGCAGAAAUGUUUGUUUUUUAAGAUAAGGUAUAUUUUCACAUUUGGUUUCUAUUCAUAGUAGAAGUAUCUACACUGUCCACAUUUUUCUAUUAAAUAAAAACAAAAGACUAUGAUCUCUUGCCAAUUAGUUUGACAUUUGCACCUCUGAAAUCCCAAAAGACUGUUUUUGAAUGAUGCAUACUAAAAAUUGAAAUUAUGUUAAUAAUAAAAGUAACUUGAAAAUCAA